UCAACAUUUCCCAGCUAUUGCCGCGUGAGCCCCGGGUACUUUCUUUUUCAAGGUUCCUUUUUGCGCCGCCCAUCAGCUACACCUUGGAGCAGCAACAACUUGCACCUCCCACUCUCUACGAAGGCCUCUGGAUACCUGUGUCGUAUGGUAUCGGCUGCUUCUUACUUCGUUAUUAGUCAAGGAUUUUUGCGUCACCGCCGCCGCCGCCGACCACAUCGGAUUCUCGACACGCGCUCUGGCUAUUCUGGCGUGUCUGUGGGGAAAGUUUCCAGAAUCGACGAGGGCAGCAUGCCUGCGUCGCGGGCGAGGAUGGAGAGGAGAAGGAAGGCUAGGGAAGCUACGAAGAUGCUCAACAGAGUUCUGUACAUGGCGGAUGCCGAGAGUAAUGGCACCGGAAACGCAAUGGGUGAGACUGCAAACAAGCUCGAGAAGUUGUUGGAAGACGCUACAGCUAAGCUCGAUAAUGCCACAUUGGAGCAACCCCAGUCGGUAGACGACGCUGAGCCCAGCUACCGCCCAAGAGAGACAUCGCGAGGCAGCGCUAUCCUCACAGCCCUCCGACAUAUGUCUACCGAUCAAUGGCAGGACGGUCCUCAACCACUAAACUCCCGACCUAGUUCAGCAGUGCAGGACGUAUUCGGAGCAGCUGUGCGUAGAAUGCAAGGCAGGUCUGACGGACGAGCUCAAAACGAGCUUCAUACAGCACAAGAGCAAACCAAGAAAAUAGAAGACAUGUGUAUGGUGGAUCCGUUCACUUCAACUAGUCUUCAUGGUCGUCGCAAGAAUAGCGGUGUCUCAGCCAAUUCGCACACCCAAUCUCCGAAGGGAACUAUGCAUGCCAACACUCGCAGCCAGGCCGAAGAGGCUUCGUCGCUGAGCACAACUAAAUCGUCACUCACAGAGUCGCCGCAUCUUAGUCCCCUCAAACCCUCUUUGACAACCGCUGACAGCGCUUGGAGCGCGAGUGAUGAACACGAAGGACGUAUCAUUUCCGACUUAGCGAAACCAGAUGUCGAGCAGGUAGCGCAUAGCAAACUCAGUAUACCCUACCUUCCACCUUCACAAGGGUCUCAUCAGUAUGGUUACUCCAGCGGAUCGAGGCUCCAUGAGAUGCGCGAUUCGCCUGCGUCUGAACACCGGCGCAAGAUGUCAUUCAAAUUUCCCGUCAAAGCGACGACGUCUACAUCGGUGGACUCGUCAGAAGAUUCAUCAGUUCAAAAUUCCGCAUUCUCCGAAGAAGCCCUAUCCUUGCUCGAAAUAGAAGAGCGCGAUUUAGAAUACAAACAUCGGCACACUUUCGUCGGCACUGCCUCGCUCGACGAUUUCUUGGAUCGACUCGAGUUCUCCGCCACCUAUAGGACAGUGAAGUCUACUGUGAUCAAAGCCUUUGUACACCUAGCAUCCACAGAACAAGUUCUCGCGCGUCAAUCCUCGCCAAAUCCUAAUGGCUGGGAAUUUGUUCAACGCACAGUGCUAGACACAACCCCUCCCACCUCAGAUGACUAUAUAUUGCAAUCACAGGUGAGAUUGGGUAUAAUAAGCUUACAACGCUUUCUCGACAUGAUACCAUGGGACGACAAGGAUCAGGCCGACACUGUGAAUGUUGUGGAUGCUUUUUGCGCAGCAAGCCACUUGGACCAAACUCUUAGUCGAGAGUCCAAGGCCAGGGCAUUUAGAAGCUGGAUGGUACGAGAAAAGAUGACCAAGAAUGACUGUGGAGAGAUGGCUUGA